CAGUCAGUCAGUCGUAAGAUGGCGUUCUCGCUGCUGCUGCUGCCGCUGCUGCUCGCGGCGCCGGGACUGGCCAAAGUUCAGUACAAGGUCCACUGUUCAGAUGACACCAUGCAAGUGGAACUCCUUAUGACUGACUCAAUGGGUGCUGUAUACUUAGAACAACUGAAACAUUAUCCUAACCCAGCAUGCCAUCCAGAAACUGAAGGCAAUAAAUUGACUUUCAAUUUGUCAUUAAGUGAUGUUUACCAGUGUGGAGUGACUCGAGUGACAAAUGAAAUUACUGGACAAAAAAUAUAUUACCAUCGAAUUAUAGUUGAAAUGACAUCUGAAGAGCCUAAAGAAGUGAUUUUGGCAAAGUGUAUUGUGAAUUCGCAAGUGAACCACACCUUGGCUAGGAGAAGUGUGCUGCCUGUGGGCUUUCAAGAAGCAGAUGCCUUAGAAGUGAGCUAUACUUUUGAGCAGAAAGUUGAAGCACCAACAUUAGGAGUUGGUGUUCGUCAAGGAGGGCAGCUCGUAACUGGCGAGUUGAAUGUGAAUCCAGGGACGCCGUUGCAAAUGGAAAUAUAUCUCGAUAAAGCCACUGCUCCAGUAUAUGGUCUUCUAGUCAGUUACAUGAUGGUAACAGAUACAAAAUCUCAGGAUGAGACUAUUAUUUUCAAUGGUUGUUCAGUUGACACAUACUUAUUUGAAAACUUCAAUACAGUUGAUGGUGAUUUUCUGUCAGCAAAAUUCAGAGCAUUCAAGUUUCCUCAGUCAACCUAUGUUGAGUUUAAGGGGACGGUGAAUGUCUGUCUUGAUAAAUGUCGUGGUGUGGAAUGUAGCAAUGGUCAAAUAGGGUAUGGACGAAGGAAGCGAGAAGUGCCAACUAUGGCACCUGAUCCAAACAAAGUAUUUGAAAUAACAAUGACAACAUUCAUUAAAGUUGACUAUGAAGAAGAGGAACUUGCUGACAAAGCUCAGGCUCCAGUGCCAGAAUUUAAGGUAAAAAAUGACACAAAGACACCACCCAAGAAGAUGAAUUCAUUUUACAAUGCUGAGCCAAAAACUCUUCUACAGCUUGAAAGUGAAGACAUUAGGGAUGAUGUAAAAUACAUUUUAAUCAAUGAAAAGAGUGGCGCUAGUAUUUUCACCUGUUCACUGAUUUUUGUCUCAGUAAUUGUGCUUCUCCUCUAAUGUGCUCUUGUGUCUCAAGUAUAUUAGACAGAGACAUUGUCACCGAAAAAGUUUUUUUUACCAUUUUUAAAUCACAGUACACUGUAUGUCCAGCAGUAUCACCUUCAAGAUGAAGGCCCAAGGAAACACUGACAGAUCAUCAGUUAGUCAGUCAGUCAGUCACAAGUUCAUAAUUAGCAGAAGAACUGUCAGGAAAAUGUAAUUCAUUGACAAUUAAUGUGCACUGUAAGUGACUGACUGGUAAGCCUAAUGAAAAUUGCCUAAAUUUUCCUAUAAAUGCGAAUGAAAAAAGCCAUAUCAGCUUUUAAAUAUUCCCAGGUUGGUUAACUACUGUAGAUCCAAAUU